UGCUUUUUUUUAACAGUUAUUAAACACUCCCUCUAUCAUGCGAAGAAAAUGGGCAAGGCAAAUGAACAACCUUUUACCUUCUCCACAGUUGAAUUAUCCAUAAUCUCUGACAUUAAUUCGAUAAGAAAAUUGAAUCAUGGUGGUUCUUAGCUUCCAACCAGUCAAUUUCAGUCAUUGUUGCUCUCCAAAACUGAGUGGUAAUAACAGAAGCAUUACUGUUCGGUGUGGAAUUGCAGAGCCAUCAGGGGUACCUGCUCCGUUUGGGCAGAAGACAAAGUACACCGAUGGCCUUUUCGAGAAGGCUUUCAUGACACUGUUUGCUCGCAAGAUGGAGAAAUUUGCAGCCAGUGAUAGCAGGUCAAAGUCGAACACCAAAGGUGGGAAGGGAGCCAAAAGUUUGUUCGAUUAUGAUUACGAGAGUUUUGUGGAUGUAUCGAAAAGAGUAAUGCAGGGACGAUCUCGUUUGCAGCAGCAGCAAGUUGUGAGAGAGGUUCUGUUGUCUAUGCUUCCUCCUGGUGCCCCUGCUCAAUUUAGGAAAUUGUUUCCACCUACAAAAUGGGCAGCGGAAUUCAAUGCCACGCUGACAGUGCCUUUCUUCCACUGGUUAGUCGGGCCUUCUGAGGUUGUGGAAGUGGAGGUUAAUGGAGAAAAGCAAAAAAGUGGAGUUCUUAUAAAGAAAUGCAGGUACUUGGAGAACAGUGGUUGUGUUGGAAUGUGCAUUAACAUGUGCAAAAUACCUACACAAGAUUUUUUCACCAAUGAGUUUGGCCUUCCAUUAACUAUGACCCCGACAGAUUUUGAAGAUAUGAGUUGCGAAAUGGUAUAUGGCCAAGUUCCUCCGCCAUUUGAAGAGGAUCCGGCGUCCAAACAACCUUGUUAUGCAGAUAUUUGCUCCAUAGCAAAUCCUAGCUCCAGUGUCUGCCCUAAGCUACAAGCUUGAUUUCUUUACGCGAACCUGCUCGGUGAGGUUAAAGGCUGCCAGAGCUGUACGGUCAAACCCUUCACACGUUCGAGUCUCUUAAGACACUGCCAAAUUUAAAUAAGUUUCUGCUUUCCUCAAGAUUAUUACAUCGAUAUAGAAUUAGUUUAUACUAGAAAACAUGCAAGUAAUCUCUGUGUGAACUAUUCCUGUAGGAUAAUCAUUUGAAAUUUGAUAUCUAAAUGAUCAUUAUUCAAGUAUUAAAAGUUGUAAGGGGGUGUUUGAUUGACAAUUUUUUUAUGGAA